GCCGAUAAGCAGCGUUAUCUUACGCAGGCAGGAAGUGUCGCCGUUCUAUAUACACGCCAAAGCCUAGGCCAGGCAGUGUGUACUGGCGCCUCACAAUGGCAAGACUUCUCUCAACUUGCCUGUUGCCGUCCCUCCUAGUUCUGAGCACCAGCAUCACUCUGGGACACGCCAAGCCACACACUUCCCAAGAGGAUGAGUUUGAGGCGUCACCUGACUCCCUCAAACGCUUCUUGCACAGCGCGGGCCUAGCAGAAGCAGAGGGCAUGGUCGUGAUGGGGGACAUGCUGGUGCCCCGGAAUCUCUACCAGUUGCACUUUAAUUCCUCUUACGUCGCCCUUCGCAAAGGCAUCAUUGACAACCUCUUAUGGCCCAGUGAGGGAGGAGGCGGGCCUGUUAUUCCCUACGAGUUUGCAGACGAGAGAUAUCGAAGAGAGAUUGAAGCCGGGCUGAGGCACUGGGAGCAACACACCUGUCUUACCUUCAGACCAAAGACAGACGUUGACACAAACUGGCUCACGUUUAUCCACGGCAAUGGGUGCUGGUCUUACAUAGGGAGACAAGUGAAUGGUCAAAGUGUCUCUAUCGGCACAGGCUGUCAAUCGCUCGGGACGGUGGUCCACGAGGUGGGACACGCCAUCGGCCUCUUCCACGAGCAGAUGAGGUCUGAUCGUGACGACUACGUGGUCAUCAACUGGAAGAACAUCCCCAGCGAGUAUGAAAGUAACUUUGCUAAGUUAACAGAGUUCGAAAACAGCCGCAGCGUGCCCUACGACUACACGUCCAUCAUGCACUACGGGGGAAGGGAUUUCAGCAGCAACGGCCGGGCCACCAUCUCCGCCAAGGAUCCAGAGCACCAAGGACUCUUGGACCGCUCAAAGGGGCUCUCUCACCGCGACAAACACCUGGUCAACAUCAUGUACAGGUGUAUCGACAGGUGGCAAGCAGCGUGUGGGUCAGCGGUAACCUGUGAAGGGGAAGGCUACGUGGGGCGGGACUGUACCUGUGUGUGCCCACCUGGCCGAGACGGAGACAGGUGUGAGGUGAUCACAGGAGACUAUUACGCCGACUCCCUCCCAGCCUGCAGCAGAACCAUCACCACGGAAACCAACUUCACGUCGCCGAAUUACCCUGGGAAGAUCCCGUCAGGUACUUGGUGCGUGUACAAGGUGGAGGCUCCCGACGGCCAGGUGCCCGAGGUUAUUUUCCACUCGUUCAGCCUCCGCUCCACAAGCCGGUGCAAUGACUUUCUGGAGGUGCGGGACGUGAACAUACACGACGGAGAGGUGUUCUGCGGCAUCAAUAUCAAAGAAGGACAGAGCUUCGUGGGCGCUUCCGGGCACCUGUACCUGUACCUGGACGUCUUCACAACCUCAUCUCGGGGCUUCCAGGCCGAGGUUGUGUUUCAAGACGCCAGUAACCCACCCGAGCCCAAGAACGGAGGUGUGAGUGGCCUAACACCCUCCAUCUUAGCGGUGUUGGUGGCCUUCCUGGUGGCUCAGGUGUUUGAAAGGUUCUAGCCACGCAGGUAAUGCAAGGAAGGGUAACCCGGUGGCGGCAGGGAAGCAUUUAGGACAAACUCUAGUUCUUUAAUUGCUCACGCUGCAUCUAUACUAUUCUAUUCUGGUUCUCCUCUGUUUCUUUAAUUUCUCACGUUGAAAUUUAGAGACUGGAAACUGUACCUUAAGGAGUUAUUGUGGAACUCUCAGUCCCUCUCAAUACAUGAUGGGAAGCACCAGAACGAAAAAAGGGGCGGGAAUUCAAGUAUUCUAAGUUUUAUGUCAAGGAUGGAAUUUACUCUUCGGUGUUUGAGUCGUCUCUUGAAAAACAAUACUAUUUGCUUCCACCACACUCUGACCCAAAAUUAAAAGUCAUUGGAUUCAUAUACCUUGUAAAACAACUCCAUGACACUAGAAACCUUGCAUGAAGCUUUGUUGUAGGACUGAGUGCUGAAACAAACUUAUUUAUUUACCUAUUUUCAUUAAAAACAGGUUUUAUGUCUA